UUGCGACAUCGCGACAUCAACAAGUGCCCGACACACUCAAUUUGGUAGUGGUACGGUACCGGUACUUGGCUCACUGUCACACUGCAUUUCACUGGGCGCAGUUUGUUUUGGGCAGGAAAUGGCUAGCUUUAAAAGUUAAAGAGUGGAGUAAUUGCGAAUGGCAACUACCUCCAACACAAUCAUCAGGCUCUAAUCGAUUUUGCUGUAAUAUUUAUUUCUUAAAGUGAGCCGAUCGGCUGUUAAAAAGCGAAAAUGUUAGCCGAGUUUGGAACUUCACUUUGCUGCUACGCAUCGACGUUCUUGCUAUGCCACGUCCUCCGUUUCUUCCUCCGCCGAACUCUUCCGAGGGCUUCCUACCCGUACGCCGCUGAGUUCGUCGACACUUUUCUAAUGAUUUGCUGCCUUUACGAAAAUGGAAUGGUGCUGAAACUUGGACUCCUGCCUUUUGCUUUGUGCCUUCUCACCUUGUCUAUCGUAUAUGCGUUUUUAUUUGAGGGUUUCGCAAAUCCAGCAGUGGUUCUUGAUUAUGUCAUUAGGAGGAAAGUGAGUUUUGUGGCAGCUGUCGUACUUGUGCUGUUGGAACUGAUUGCUGCAGUUUGUGCAUAUCGUUACACAACGUUUGUGUGGAAAACUUUUGCUCCUUCAUCCCGUCAUUAUCAAGCAGCAACUGUGGAAAUGUUGGCAGAAAAUUGCAGCUGUGGUUUGAAUGUAUCACCACUGAUCGGUUUUGCUUUAGAGAUGUCUUCUGUCGCUUUCCUGAAGCUGGUGGCAGGAUACUACCAUGGGGGCAGGAGGUUCUGGAGAAUCUUCAAUGGUGUCGUUUCGGUUGUCAUCAUCAUCUUUGGUUUGGAGUACACCGGAGCGCCCAUGAACCCCAUCCUAGGAUUUGCAUCAGGAUGGGGCUGCAAAGACCACUGGUUCCCCUCCCACCUGUUUGUCUACUGGUUGGGCCCCUUCCUGGGUAUCAGCAUUGGUGACUGGGUGGUCGAACACUUCAUGGACGUCGAUGGCGGGAAGAUGUCGGUGACGUCAGCAGGGGAACAUAAAGAGCAGAACGGAACAGUACUAGAAGAGAAUGGAAAUCAUGAGAAAAUUCAGUGAAGGUU